GUGUGGGCGGGGGUGUUCUUGAGUGUAGGAGGGAGGGACCACGGUCAGUUAAAGCCCAGCAGCAGCAGCAGACUCGCAGAAGCCGCUCGUUGGUCCCCGCGUACAGGUGCAAGACAAGGAGGACUCCUCGUCCCAUCGAGCAGACAGGCAAGUUGAGUCCACUGGGAGAUCACCGUCAUCAAGAUACUGCAUGUGUAUUUGGACCCGUGUCUUCAACAUGAGAGCCCUCCUCUUCCUCGUGAUGCUCCUGUCCGCCGUGUCCCAGCCGCAGGCCUUCCCCUUCAGCGCGUCUCUGGACGUGGACGUCACCCCGAGGACGACUGUCUUUGUCAAAGGCCUGCUCGACAGCAGUCGCUUCACCGGAUCGACCCGGAACUACAGCACCCUGCUGCUAGAGGAGGAGGCGGGGCUUCUGUACGUGGGAGGAAGAGGAGCGCUGUACGCACUCAACGCGUCCAACAUCUCCACCCCCGCAAGCCCCCGGGUGGACUGGGAUGCUUCACCUGAGCAAAAGAGGCAGUGUCUGAACAAAGGUAGAGACAAUAAGACCGAGUGCUUCAAUCACAUCCGCUUCCUGCAGCGCCACAACGAGACUCACCUGUACGUGUGCGGAACCAACGCCUUCAGACCCCUCUGUGCUUACAUCGAUUCCGAACGCUUCAGCUUGUCGUCGAGCUUGGAGGAUGGACGAGACAGGUGUCCCUAUGACCCGACCAAGGGAUACACAGGCCUCCUCGUGGACGGCGAGAUGUUCACGGCUUCCCAGUAUGAGUUCCGCAGCUCUCCCGAUGUGCGCCGCAACUUCCCCUUCCCCACACUCAGGACGGAGGAGGCGCCCACCCGCUGGCUGCUGGAGGCGGACUUUGUAGGCUCGGCGCUGCUCCGAGAGAGCGUCAACAGCUCGGUGGGCGACGACGACAAGAUUUACUUUUUCUUCACGGAGAGGAGCCAGGAGCAGAUGGCGUACCCGAGCCGCACCAAGGUGUCCAGGGUGGCCCGGGUUUGCAAGACGGACUGGGGCGGUCAGAGAACCCUGCAAAGGAAGUGGACCUCCUUCCUCAAGGCCCGACUGGUUUGUUCCGUCCCCGAGUACGAGCUGCACCUCAACGUCCUCCGCAGCGUGUUUGUCCUGCACGGCCGAGACGCACAAAGCAGCCUCUUCUACGGCGUCUUCGGUCUGGAAUGGAAGAAUAUCAAAGCCUCCGCCAUCUGCCAGUAUGCCUUCUCAGAUGUGCAGAAGGCCUUCGACGGGCCCUACAUGGAGGUGCAGGACUCAAAGUGGAGGGAGUACACAGGGAAGGUCCCCGAGCCAAGACCCGGAUCAUGCAUCACGGACGUGCACAGGUCCCAGGGCAUCAACUCAUCCCGAGACCUCCCCGACAACGUCCUCACUUUCGCCAGGAGGCACCCGCUCAUGGCCACCCAGGUGCACCCGACCGGGGCGCGCCCGCUCAUGUUCAAGAGGAGCGUCAACUACGUGCGCAUAGCCGUGCACAAGCAGCCGGCGCUGGACGGAAACAUCUACACCGUUCUCUUCCUGGGAACUGACGACGGCUGGCUGCACAGAGCGGUGGACGUUCGGGGGGAAAUGCACAUCAUUGAGGAGCUGCAGCUGUUUGACAAAGCACAGCCCGUGGAGAGCUUGGUCCUCGCUCCAGCCCUGCGACACAUCUAUGUGGGCUCCCACUCCGGGGUCGUGCAGAUCCCCUUGUCAGCCUGUCGCAGGUACACUUCCUGUUACGACUGCGUCUUCGCCAGGGACCCCUUCUGUGGCUGGAGCGGCCGGGAGUGCGUGGAAGUGUCGCACUCCAGGUGGAACCUCACCCAGGACAUUCUGAAGGGGACCAGGGGCUGCAAGGACAAUUCUGGAAACGUCGUCCACCGGAGGCGCUCUGUGAUGUCGGGCGACGACGUGCUCCUCCAGUGCGAGCUGCACUCUAACCUCGCAACGCCACGCUGGACGCUCAACGGCAGAGAGCUCCAGGGAUACGGCCUGAAUUCGGGCUACCGCGUGGGCACAGAUGGCCUCCUCAUAAUUGGGGCUGGAGUCCAGCAGAGCGGCUCGUACCGCUGCUUCGCCGUGGAGAACGCCGUCUCUGUGCUGGUCUAUUUUUACACCGUCAGGGUGCACACGGAUCCGUACUUCCCCAUGGAGCCGACGGCCGCGACUGACCUGACCUCGGCUCUCGGCACGACGGUCAUCGCUGCCAUCACCGCCGGUCUCACGGAGCGGCCCCCUCCCUCGCUCCCCGCCCCGCUGUCCCCGGGGCCUGAGCUCCGCACUUACCGCCACAUGGAGGCGGUGUACAUCUCCUUGGUGGCGGUCCUGGGCGGGCUGUGCCUGGUCUUGACCGUAGUCUUGCUUUAUGUGAGCUUCUGCACCAGGCGGGUCUCACGGGGCAGGAAGUACUCCGAGCAAGGUCUGCAGGUCCUGGGGGCCACAGAGAGGAAACAGAGCUCCCACCUUGAGCUUAGAUCCAUGUCCAGCCACUACAAUGGCCGCCAGGGGCGCCGCUCCAUCUCUGUGCCCACCUUCGGGGACAUAAACGAUGGAUUCCUGCAGAUAGUCCCCGGGGAGGGGCAGGUGUCUCCUGGGACAACCCCGCCCCCUGCCCCUCCUUUGCCCAUGCCCCCCCCGCUGCCCAACAUGGAGUACGUCAACGGGCUGUCGGCCACGCUGCCCAGCGUCCUGCGCAAGAUGAACGGGAACAGCUACGUGCUCCUGAGGCAGGUGGACCAGGACGGCAUGUCGCCGCUCUACCACUCCUUCACCGAGGAGCUGAACCGCAUCCUGGAGCAGAGGAAACACACGCAGCUGGACCUCCAGCCUGACGAGAGCUCCAUCUAGAACCCGCCCGUGCACACGUUUGGUGUGAUGUGCUUGAGUGACGACAAAGACGAUGGACGGACGUGGAUCGCAGACAGAAGCUUCAGGAGCUGUUCACAUGACCAGGAAUGAGCAGAGGGAGAAUCCAACGUGGUUCUGAUCGUUCCAGCAGUGUUAGCAUAGCCUCACAGGCUCACGUGUUCGUGCAAAACUACCGUACUUUAAAUACUUCAGUGUUGAUACUCUGGCGGCCACCAUUCGUAAAACCCGGUGACACUCCAGACAAUAUCGCUGCUCCGUCAUACGAUGAACCCGCUAAUCAACUGCUUCAGAUUCCACUCCACAUGAUGAUGAUGAUGAUGAUGCCCCCUGAGUGGAGCAGGACCGCACGAUUAUCCGCAGCGGCGAUGAAGCGCAUUGCACCCUGCAGCCGUCCGAAAACAUUUUCACUUCCAAACUAACCGCAAACAUUCAUUUUCUCAGGAUUGUCUCUGUUCUCCGUCCCCCAUUAAGACUUAAAGGGUCGCUGACACGAUUCAUCAACUUCACUUUAAUAUGUUAUAUAUUGUUUGUAAUUAUGUUCUACAUUGUUACAUUUUUGAAAGCAAACGGUACAUUCGCAAAAAUGAUAUUUAGCCAGCAAUGAUGAACUAGCUCUCGCAGUUCAGCCUCAUUUCCAAAGUGACGUCAUCAGGGCAAUAUCGCUCAGCGACACAAACAUGGCGGUGUACGAGACAGAGGAUGUUUACAGUGAUUAUCGUGAAGAUUUGAGCGAUGUGUCAAUAGUUUGAGGAGGAGGAAACAUUUGGAGAUGAAAUAAAGGACUUGCAGAACAUGGACUUAAGUCUUACAACAUGGAGAUGAAGAUUGGUCGCCUUCAAAACACAGAAUGGGAAGUGUAAAUUACUCUGGAGUUGCUUAUCCUUCAAUUAUUGUUUUAAAUCGGCUUCUUAAUGAGCGUAAAGGGGUCUUUAUAGCCGGUUGUAUUGUAUAUGUGGCCCCCGCCCCCCACAGUAAACAUAUGGCUGUGAAAAGAUGUUUGUAUAACAUGUAUCAUGCUUUGCAGCCUUGUCGCUACCAUGGAAUACUGUAAGAAGACAUUAUGUAAACAAGACACGACUUACUCUCUUGUGCCAACUUUGACAUAGUGGUCGUUCUUUGUUGUCUUGUUUUUUCCUGAUUACCAGCGGAAUAGCAUCCUUUUUACCUCCGCCAAGCGCAGUGCAGAGGUUAUGUUUUUGCCGGCGUUUAUCUGUUUGUUUGUUUGUGUUCUGAAUGGGUUUGGAUGAAAUUUUCAGGAAUUGUAGGAAAUGAGAUAUGGAAGAACUGGUUACAUUUUGGGGGUGAUUCGGAUCACCGUCUGGAUCCAGGAAUUUUUUUGAAAGGAUUCUUUAACAUUGCGGGAGAGGACUAUUUUCGGCAUUUGUGCAUAUAAAAACAAAAAGAACUACAGGACAAGUUUCCAACAGGUUCUUCAAAAUAUCAGACUCAUCCAAAAAAAUGUUGGAUUAUUAUUUGGUGUGAAUCACAAUAUGGGGGGGAACUAUUGCGCUUGGCGGAGGUCCGAGUGCUUCUCUAGUUCAAAAAUGUGUUUAUACCGUACUUUCAAGCCAAAUGUUUCUUGUAAAGGUGUUUCUUCAUUGCACUCAUCAGUGAAAUGAUCACUGCAAAGAAUAGAACUUCAGAUGGGCGGCCACCUACCUGUCUCUCGAUCUCUGCACUUGCUUUUUCCAUUGUUGUCUUAAACCUUUCUCUUUUGGAAAAGAAAACAAACUUACAGUAUCACUCGGAUACUAUGAACAUCCAGCAGCAACACAACAUUUUGGCAUGACUACUAUUUGGAUGAAAAAUAUACCCAACUAAGUCAACGAUGUACCUCGAGAAGCAUUUGUUUACUCUGAUUUAGCUGAGAGGUGUCACACCGAUGACGUCACGUCCGGAAAUGAGCCUAAGCUGUGAAAGAUAGUUUGUAAAAUAAAUGUAAUUUUUGCGAAUUUACUGUUCGCUUUAAAAAGUCAAACAGUGUAGAACAGUACAGUUGUUGAAUCAUGUCAGAGAACCUUAAAGGAAUUAAAAUUUAAAUAUAUGUUGGACACCCCUGCCUUACUACAGUGGAUCCCCGCAAACUCACCAUUCAGCAUGAUUUUGAUGAUUUUUGGCCCAAAACGUAUUUUUUUUCUCCAUAAAUAGGCCCUUUUUUCCUCAGAAAACACAUCUCAUGCACCAUCACGGAUGGGUACCUUCCAUUUGAACCGAUACAGUACCAAUCCCCAGUACCUCGGAAUCGGUAUCAGUACCAGUGCCAAUUUUCGCUAGUUUUGUGUGCAUCAUAUCAUAAUAAAUGUUCAUUUCUUUAAUCGGAAAAUCUCAAAAUUUUUCAUUUCAGCAUUUAUUUUCAGUAUUUAAACGUUAACAAGCAUAUGAAAACAACAUCCAACUGAUUCUACCGUAACAAUGCAGUUUUCACGUAUUUCUUCCAUGUGAAUACAGUGUUUUUUUCUGAAUAAUGCACAAAUUCAAUUAAUUUCAGAACAAAUUUUGGUUGUUGUUAGUGACUAACUUGAGCCUGUUUGCCUUUCAAGUGCUUGAAUGCAACCGGACGUGACUGACAUGGCGUGCAAACCAUCUCCGUCCUACUCUUGCACUACCCCACAGUCACAAUGAUGCGUUGAGCUACCGAAACAUGGUACCGCUUGAUUGUACAUCAAUCGGUACUCAGUAGUACCGGCGGAAUUCGGUCAGUAGUACCCAUCCCUAUUCACCAAAGGUCAGUAAUAAUUUAUAAAUACUGUAAGUGAUAAUACAGCUGAAAUGUACAGCAUGCAUAUACUGUUGUUUUAAAAAAGCCCACAGUUUUUACAGUUUGUCCUCAUGCUUCACUCAUGUUUUUUACCUCAAGCGUUGAGAUUUCGCACAUUGUUCGGCGGUCCUUGAACGCACCAUUGUUGCAGUGAGGCUCGAAAGUGAGACGUAUACUUUGGAAGCUCGGUUUUUGUUAUUAAUUCAUUCCGAAAGGUCCGACGAAACCCGAAACGUACCAAAACCAAGGCAAUAUUAGCCAUAGGAAAUCAUGUGAAUCCAAUUUAUACACCCAAAAAUCCAUCCAUCCAUCUUCUACCGCUUAUCCGAGGUCGGGUCGUGGGGGCAGCAGCCUAAGAAGGGAAGCCCAGACUUCCCUCUUCCCAGCUACUUUGUCCAGCUCCUGCUGUCCUUUUUGGUCACGACCCAAAGCUCAUGACCAUAGGUUAGGGUAGGAACGUACAUCCACCGGUAAAUUGAGAGCUUUGCCUUUCGGCUCAGCUCCCUUUUUACCACAACGGACCUAUGCAGAGUCCGCAUCAUUGCAGAUGCCGCACCAACCCGCCUGUCCGUCUCGCGUUCCACCCAAAAAUGGAAUGGAUGGAACUUGAUGUGGAGUUCCCGUACAUCCUGGCAAGAUAGAAUUAAGUAGUGUUUCUCACCUUUGUUGUCAAAUUGCUGCAACUCGCAAAUUUUUUUUGGCCCCAUGGCGGCUUUUUAGCGGCCGCAAUCUGCAGACCUGUCCACCAGAUGUACAGUAGAUGUUUUUCCUUUCCUGUCACGCUUCUGUCCUGUUAUGUAAAUAUCAAUAAGAAUGCUUCAGCAUCCACUACUAACAUGGCCCGCCAGUGUCCGUGCAAACCUACAAUCUAUCCUCCUGAAAAGUGUUUCCGAUAAAGGUAUUUAUUUAUGCGUUUUUAAGGACAACUCGAUAUUUGAGUGAAAGACUGAGGCGGCUGGUGGCUGACGACCUUCACGCUGCAAGCGGUACUCAAAGGAGCAUUGAGGGUGAUGGAUGGCCAUGCUCGGGGUGUAAUUUCAAUGGAAGUGACUGCUAUUCAUCUGCGAGUGCUUUGUAAACGCGUGAUGGCCGGCAGUGAAUAAAGCUGUGCAGAAAAGUGUCACAUCAGCAUUCCGCAGGGGUGAAAUCUGCCACGUCACUGCUUGUAGCUUCCCAAAGAUGUCAAUGUCAAUUUUAUUUCCUUUUUUUUUUUUUUUUUAAUGCUGUGCCUCACUCAAGGUUCUGCAGGACCCCCAAAUGAACUCAAAAACAGGUAAUAUUACCCCCCAAAAAGGUACUAUUUCAUGAGUUUUGUGUUAAACAACAAAAAAACAGCAAAUCUCAUGAGAUUUCAGCUGAUUUUUUGCGUGUGAUUCCACCACAGUAUUUUACCAGUAACGGUAACCAUUGACCAUUUAAUCAAAAACAAUAUUUAUCAUGAACUUCUUUUUCCACUUAUAUGACAGUUAAAAUAAUGGCGGUCCGACUGUAUUAGAAUCAUAUUCAUUGUUUGGAUCUUUUUACCAGGUCAUGUGACAUUUGCUAAGCCUCUUGUUGCUAGGCAGAAUCUGUGGGGCGCGCACACACACGCACACAGAAAAAUAUAUAUAUUUGUAUAAAAUAAAAAAUCAGAAAAAAAAUCCAAACCUACAUGAUCCUGUGUGAAAAAGUGAUUGCCCCCUAAAGCUAAUAAGUGGUUGGGCCCCCCUUAGCAGCAACAACUGCAAUCAAGCGUUUGUGAUAACUUGCAAUGAGUCUCUUUCAGCGCUGGGGAGGAAUUUUGCACAAUUGUUGUCAUUCAGCCACAUUGGAGGCUUUUCCAGCAUAAAGCGCCUUUUUAAGGUCAUGCCACAGCAUCUCAAUAGGAUUCAGGUCAGGACCGAGGUCACCAACAGAUGGACGGACAUUCUCCUUUAGCAGAAUUCAUGGUUCCAUUUAUCACAGCAAGUCUUCCAGGUCCUGAAGCGGCAAAACGGCCCCAGACCAUCACACUACCACCACCAUAUUUUACUGUUGCUAUGAUGUUCUUUUUCUGAAAUGCGGCGUUACUUUUACGCCAGAUGUAAUUGGACACCCCUUCCAAAAAGUUCAACUUUUGUCUCGUCAGACCACAGAGAAUUUUCCCAAAGGUCUUGACAAUCAGAUCAUCAAAAUCUUUUCUGGCAAAAUUGAGACAAGCCUUAAUGUUCAUUUUGUUCAGCAGCAGUCUUCUUUUCUCCUUGGCGCCUUUUGCCUACUUUUAACCAUUCUAACCUCAGCAGGAGCAACGGUCUCCAAAGCGUUUACAACACUUGAUGUAGAAGAGCUCAACAGAUCAUCAGCGUUAGAACACGGAGUGUUUUCAAACCUACCCUUGCCAUAAACUGUGUCCCUGCGAUGUCAUUAAUGAGUGCAGAGCCAACCGCUGGGUUGGGUGUAACAGACAGGUCAAAGAAAUUAAAAUACCCCAAAUUUAGUAGUUCAUCAAAUGUAAAAAUAAUUGUCCAAAAUUUCAAUAUUCUAAACUACUAGUUUGCGCUGUACUCAUACAUACAAACUGUAAACUGUGCCUUUAAUUGCGCUCUUAAUCUGAACUGAACUCCUGAAAUUCAUAAUUUUUGCAUAAUUAUUUCUUGAAAUGCACCUGUAUAUCCAGUAAGUCACAAUCACUGUGCUGUUUCCUUGACAACUCGGGGCAAAAGAGUCGUCAGGAAAACCGACAACAGCUCAAUCAUGAUGAGUCUGCUUUAUGUAUGCACACGUAUGAAUUUAUGCAGGCGACUCAUUACUUAUGUCUUAUUCAGUCCUUGUGUUGACAUUGUGAACGCAGACCGCCGUGUCGUACAACGUCGGCCUGGAAAGUUGAGUUUCUUGUUUCUCUUUUGCCGUUAUAAUCCUCUUUUAUUGCUGCGUCUCCUCUCCAUUUACCCCGCUCUUUCUCAAGGACGGGGGGCCUCUAAUUAACAAGCGUUUCCUUGCAGAGGCGGGGAUGAAGGAAACAACGGGGCGUUCUGUUUUCAGAACACGCUAGCGCUCACGCUCGAGAGAAGGGCUGGAGGGCGCACUGUCCUCCGCUGGGAACGCGUCCCAAGUGGAAUAUGAGUGCAAACUAGGGUUGUGAACGAUAAACCGAUCUGACUGGAUAUCCAGUUUGACA